AUAUAGCUAAAAUGCAAAUGAAAACGAAAGAAACACUUUAAACUGACAAGAUGUUUUCCACAGCCGCACUGAUCAGUGCUCUCUGCGUGACUGGCUUCGCAGCAGAAUCUGCAAUCAAUAACCGUAUUGUUAAUGGAACGAAUGCACCUGAGGGGAAAUAUCCAUUCCAGGUUUCAGUCCAAUAUUAUGGCUCGCAUACUUGUGCCGGAACAAUUCUCACUGCAGAAUAUGUCCUAACUGCCGCUCAUUGCGUUAUCUGGGAUCCUGCUCCAGAGGUCUUCAACGUUUCUGCUGGUUCGAAUUACUUGCAAGGCACCAUCCAUCAGGUCACCGAGAUUAUGUUCCACGAGGCUUUUAAUUUUCCAUACGCCCUGAACGACAUUGCCGUUCUGCGCGUGAGCCCUGCGUUUGAUUUCAACAAUGAAUUGCUCGGUCCAGUGGCUCUGCCUGAGCAAUACCAACAAACCUUUGCAGAAACAGAGGCAACCGUCAUUGGCUGGGGUUUGAAUGCCACGGGUGGCUCUCUUCAGCCCGUCUUGCAAGAAGUUGGGAUUUUUAUUUUGAGCGAUGAGGAAUGCUACGAUAUCUACAACACCUACAAUGGCAACUACAAUCCAAAUAAUGUUUGCGCGGGUGUUCGAGAAGGCGGAAAAGGAGAGUGCAAUGGCGACUCUGGAGGACCUCUGCUUGUCAAUGGUCAGCAAGUUGGGAUCGUUUCGUGGUCCAAGAAGCCGUGCACUGAGGCGCCCUACCCUGGGGUUUACACUCAGGUUUCGUCUUUUAUCGAUUGGAUUAAAUCCAAAGUACCUGUUUAGGUCCACAUUUGUGUGACGACUGAAUAAAAAAGUGAACGAUGGAAUGAAUGAAAAUAAAACACCAUCUUUGCUUCCAAUUGAAAGCUCAUUUUUAAUAUGCCAGAAUUUUUGGUCUUUUACAACAUCUUUGUCAGCACAAUUUUUGCUAUAAAUUUUCCCAUUUUUGUUAUUGCAACUUGAUAACUGAAUGCUUCACACAAGAAAAAAGUGAAUUCAGGCAUAAACAGAAAUCAGGAAAAGUCAAAUUAGAGCCAAAAAUCAAGUUUCGACCAACAGAAUGUGAAAUAAAAUGAAAAAACUGAAAAGUAAACUAAAAAAGUAAUAACAAAACAGAAAAGGG